AUGCCGGCCAGCAGCCACCGGCCAUCGCCGGCGUCUCCCCUGGAGGACGACAACCUGCUACCCCAGAUCCUCCUCCGCCUUCCUCCGGAUCCCUCCUCGCUCCCGCGCGCAUCCCUCGCUUGCACGCGCUGGCGCGACCACGUCGCCAACCCGGGAUUCCGCCGCCGCUUCCGCCUCCACCACCGCCGCAACCCUCCCCUCCUCGGCUUCUUCGACGGAUGCGGAAGCCUGGACUUCCACCCGACGCUGGAGGCCCCCGAGCGCUUCUCCCUGAAGCGCGACGAGGGCGACGGCGUUCGCAGGCCGCUCGGAUGCCGCCACGGACUGGUACUCCUCUUAGUCCCGAAGCCUCUCCAGGUAAUUGUGUGGGACCCCGUCACCGGCGACCAGCACCGCCUCGAUGUUCCCCAAGGGCUCACGAUGAAUGAGUGCUAUGAGAGCGUGAUCAACGGGGCGGUGCUCCGCGCUGCUGCCGGAGACGCCGAGCACUUCAAGGUGGUCAUGGUGGCCGCAGACGGCGACGGAGUAGAAAACCGACGAGCAGUCGCCUGCGUCUACUCGUCGGAGACCGGCGCAUGGGGAGGGUUCGUUACAGCACCCAUUCCAUACGAUGCUGAUGCUCAUGCGAGCGGUUUAUUUUGGAGGUUUUCCACCAGCAUUUACAUUGAUCAUGCUAUGUUGGCUGGAGACUCCCUUUACUGGCAGCUUAUUGGGAAUUUUGAAGGAAUUCUCCAGUUUGAUUUGGAGAGGCAGAGCCUGUCUGUAAUGUCGGUGCCGGUGCCAAUCUAUAGCAAGGGCAACUGCUUCAAGCUUAUGCGGGCCGAGGGUGGUGGUGGGAUAGGAUUCCUCUUGAUGUCGAAUUCGGACUACAUUGCCCAGUUAUGGAGGAGGAAGACCGAUUCCGAUGGUGUUGCUUGA